UGCCCUGGGGAGAGGCGGCUCGGGCGGGAAGGGAGCGGUUUCCCCUCCGCAGUGCCCCUCACCCGCAGUCUGUAACUCUUGCUUUGGACUCUUAAUAAAGCGUGUGGUGGGACCAUAAAAGUGGGAUACUAUACGUUAGUGCGGAUUGUCGUUUUUUUUCUGUUGUCCCCAAAUAGAGUAGUUUCCGUUGGUGGGACAGUCGUGGCACGUCGGUGAAAUCCCCUGUAGGAAGUCGUCUGUGGUAGUUCUUAAGGCAUUUGUGUAUUUUCCUUUAACCUUCUUACUGAGGUGGCUUUGAUUAACGGCGAAUGCUUCAGAGUUGUGAAUGCACACCCUGCAGUUUUCAGCCUAUUUUAAAUUAUUCGUUACUUCUGAAUAUUAGUGAGACCGUGCAGUUAGCUGAGUUUUGUAUGCCCACAAACGUUUGUAAGAGAACAUAAGUGUGCCGUGUGAGAAAGGUUAAGAGUGUAUGUGGCACAUCAGCAUAUACUAGAGACACUUGUUUGUGACCCACUUUCUUUGCUGAAAACACUUUGUUUUCUAGUUGAGGUUUUUUUUAGGCCUAUGUGCCAGGCAGAAACUGUCGAGGAAGUUUCCUCAUGAUAAAACGGAUGUUGUAGGGAGGAGGUGGAUGAUUUUUAUUUGAUGGUAUUUUCAAGCUUAAUCAACCUGAGAGAGCCUCCUAAGCCUACGGUACAGUUCAAAGGCUACAUCACAAGCCCUUAGAUUCUUCAUGUCAAUCACAGCUGCUGCAAAUUAACCUUUUUGCUAUCUAGUGCCAAAUUAAUUUGUGAAAACUGUAUAGCUUGUUGGCAGUGCCAGUCCAAAUCUUGGUGCCAAUGGUUCACCCUUGUUGCAUAAGAACACUCCUUAGAUGUUGCAGAUAAUGGCCAAAUCUGUGCUUUUCUUUGUAAGAAAAGACUUUUCUACAGUCUCUGUUAUUUAAUGAGUUCAUUGUUGAUUGGUGCUUUUUUAAGUUAACGUGUGAGCCUAAUAGGAAGACAGACCUGCAUUAAUAACAGGCCUGGCUGUCUUUGCCACUAAGCUAUUCAACAAUGUUUGCUUUUCUCAGAUCAGGUAUUUCUCAUUUGAUGCAUGUCUGACAUGAAGGUCAUGUUGCUGUUCAAGCGAACUAGAGAGAAUUUAAUUACAAAUACAACAGUCGGAGGAAAGCUGAAAGGACUGGAAUGAACACUGACUGCCAUUAACAUAUUAGUGUAAUUUUCACUAUCAUGAUAGAAACGUGGAUAGUUUAAGCCUAUGAUGUUUAUAUUAAGAUCUGAAGUAUUGCUUGUGAAAUCAUUGUCAAAAGAUGUUUGAUUCAUGUAGGAAACUAGAUGGGAACUUUUUGACUUUAUCCCAUGUAAGUCACUAUAAUCUCUGCUAAUUGAUAUGUACAUUAAAAUGAUGCCAAAGUGAUCAAGAUAGGCUAACUACUCUGAUGUGUUUCAAAAUAUUAUUGACUUUGGUAUGGACAGGCACAUAAAAUUAGCUGGAAAUGGCUAUUCUGAAUUUCUAGCAAUACUGUGAGAUGUUGAAAUCAGUAGGGUGAUAGUAUUUCUGAAGGUCAGGUCUGGUGAAGCGGGUUACAUUGUUUUUUUCUUAAGUAGUGGAAAGAAAAAGGCAUUCUGAAAGGCCAUUCUUUUUCCAGAUGUAAUGAAUGUGAGAGAUGAUAGGUCUCCAGCCGUCUUCUAGAUACAAUUCUGCCAUCUGUCACUUGAACAGGGAAAAGUGUUUAAUGAGUCUUUAAUGAAACUUUGUGAUUGCAAAUCCUUACCUUAUUAGAGGUAUGGUGUGUAUUGAUUCAGGUACCCUUGAGAAGUGCACUUCUACAGUCCAUGCUCCUCUAGAGUAAGGAUGUCCCUUUCAGGAGUGCACCAUGGGACAAACGCUGGGCUGGGAGAACUCCAUGCUGGCAGAUGUUCUGCAACAGCUGUUUUGUGCCUGUUGAUCUUGAGCAAUGCAGCUCAGCACUGCAGUGAUAGCACUGCACUGGGUUCUGGGGACAAGGACACCAGCCUGAGAGAUGCUGCAACGUUUUGAGCCAAACUCAGUUUUAGUUUGGACUGCAGACUCUGCUGCUCUGUUGUCUAUAGACUGUGGUGUGGUAGCCCAGGCAUCCCAAGCUGCCAGGUUUUUAGCUCCACUCUCUUCCCAUGGAGCCUAUUUCACACACAGUUCCACCUCAACUGUUGAGUGCUAUUCUAUACCCUUCUGGUAACAGUGUGAUCUUCAGAGUUUCAUAGAGCAUAUAAAAACCUGAAUCUCAGAUGGAUGUGAAAAAGUAGUAUAACUUUCUUUUGAACAUAAGUAAAAUAGAAAUAAUAAUUUGAUGUUACUUUAAAUUGUCGGUUAAGUGUGGCAUCUGGCUAAUGAGACUGUGCAGAAUACGUUGCAGGAACGUGGAAGUUCAGGAGGUGAUUAAUCCGGAGAAGUCUAAACCAAGCAGAAGCUCUUCCCUAUUUACUCAGUUGUAGACAAAACCCUCUCUUCACACAAUUGUGUAGGAGCUCUUAGAAGUCUGAAAACAUUAUCACAUUGCCAUAAGAAUUACUCCAACAGUCUCAAGCCUUUAUUUCUGAGCCCGUGAUGUUUUUAUUCUCAGAAAAAGUCCUCAUGCAAAGUGUUACACAGCUGUCAUGCUAGCAGAGCUUGAUGGAAAUGACACAGUGAAGAGAACCCUCUAACACUGUUCAGCGGAGUUGAUUUUAACACUGGAGUAGCAGCAAGAGUGCUUUUUGAAAUAGUAAUCUCAUUUCAAUUUUAAAUGUAUUAUUGUAUCUUGCUUGUGAUAGUAUCACUGCACUGUUGUAGUGUUACUGAGUGAUCUGGAGAGAGCAGCUGGAAAGGUUUUCUGGGAUGGGAGGUUGUGACUCUCACACCCUUCUGGCUAUGUCCCAGUACUGUGCAUGAGUAGAGGGGAAGUUGGGUGUGUUGUUACUCGGGGCUUUCUUACAGUACCCGUCCUUGGAAUGGGCUGCCAUGUGGAAAUCGGCUUUGGGUGGACUGCUCUUCAGAAAUUCUAUGUCACUAGUAGAUUUGGGAAAGAAACUUUUAGAAGCUGCACGAGCAGGUCAAGAUGAUGAAGUUCGCAUUUUGAUGGCAAAUGGAGCACCUUUUACCACAGAUUGGUUGGGAACAUCUCCACUUCAUCUAGCAGCACAGUAUGGACACUACUCCACCACAGAAGUGUUGCUGCGGGCAGGUGUGAGUCGGGAUGCCAGAACCAAAGUGGACAGAACUCCAUUACAUAUGGCAGCAUCAGAAGGCCAUGCCAGCAUAGUAGAAGUCUUACUUAAGCAUGGUGCUGAUGUCAAUGCGAAGGACAUGCUUAAAAUGACUGCACUUCACUGGGCUACUGAACAUCACCACCAAGAAGUUGUAGAACUCUUGAUAAAGUAUGGAGCAGAUGUUCAUGCUCAGAGUAAAUUUUGCAAAACGGCAUUAGAUAUUGCAGUAGACAAUGGAAAUGAAGACAUUGCAGAAAUAUUACAGAUUGCAAUGCAGAACCAAAUCAACACGAAUCCCGAGAGUCCAGACACUGUGACGAUACACGCAGCCACACCGCAGUUCAUCAUUGGACCUGGAGGGGUGGUGAACCUAACAGGUCUGGUAUCUUCUGCAAAUACAUCCAAUAGAACAGAUGAAACAGGAGUGUCUGCUGUACAGUUUGGAAAUUCAUCAACAUCAGUAUUAGCUACGUUGGCAGCUUUAGCAGAAGCAUCAGCUCCAUUGUCUAAUUCUUCGGAAACACCAGUUGUGGCCACAGAAGAAGUUGUGACUGCAGAAUCCGUGGAUGGGGCCAUUCAGCAAGUGGUCAGUUCUGGAGGUCAGCAGGUCAUUACCAUAGUUACAGACGGCAUUCAGCUGGGUAACCUGCAUUCCAUUCCAACCAGUGGGAUAGGGCAGCCCAUCAUUGUGACCAUGCCAGAUGGGCAGCAAGUGUUAACAGUUCCAGCAACAGACAUUGCUGAAGAAACUGUAAUAAGUGAAGAACCGCCAGUGAAGAGACAGUGCAUUGAGAUUGUUGAAAAUCGUGUGGAGUCUGCAGAAAUAGAAGAAAGAGAAACUCUUCAGAAACAGCUGGAUGAGGCAAACAGAGAAGCACAAAAAUAUCGUCAGCAGCUUCUAAAGAAGGAGCAAGAAGCAGAGGCCUAUCGGCAGAAGUUAGAGGCAAUGAACCGCCUCCAGACUAAUAAAGAAGCUGUUUAAUAAAAAAUGAACACACUGCAAAGCCUGUUACUUUCAAAAACCUGCAGUACAAUCUUGAACUGUACACUAUAUAGGUACAGCCAUGGGAUUUCAUGAUAGAGAAGAUGCUACAAGUUGAUAACUGGACUUAAGCCGUGAGCUCUGAUUAAUUUCUUGUAACAUAAAAACUCUGAAUUUAGAAAUUGUGAAAAGUAUUUAAAAUGAAAUACUGUAAAUAGUUGGUUUUUUUACAGUUUCAAAAUGAGUUGAUAAAUCUUUUUGAAGGGAUCCAGAAACAUGAAAAGCCAAUGUUUUUGUGAAAUUUUUGAUUUUAGUAUGAAUCUAACUUCUGAAAAACAGAACAGUUUUAAGGGUGAUGUUGAUUUAAGCUGAUAAUUUGAAAUUUGAUUAUGUGACAAAAUUAAUUAACAGUUAUUUCUACAUGAUAACAGCUCAACUUCUCUGAAUAAGACAUUUCCAGGUGGAAAUCUUUGUACAGCUUUAAGUAGUUGUCUCAGAUUCUCUGAAAACCAUUUUUGGUUCUUUUUUUUAUUUUAGGUGGUGAAAUUUUUAUAUUUAAUUUCAGAUAUAUCCAAGUAGAUUUACAUGUAUAUGAAGCUAAUAUUUUUUAAACUUUUCAGUUUGUACAUAUGCUGCAUGUUUUUAUAAUUUCUACACAUACAUCUUGCAUAGGUAUUUUUCAGCAAAGAUGAGAAAAAUUAUGAGAAAAAUGUUUAGCCUAUAGGUCAUUUGAAGUAAGCUAGCAGCCAGUUUUAUUGUGGAUGGUAUAUUUCUUGGAAGAAUGUAAUUUGUAAUUAAGAAGAACAAAAAAGUAUCUUAAUUUACAUAUUAAGAGGCAAAAUUUGGUAGUGGAGGCAUUGAAACUUCACUUUGUGUGUCUUACAAUUUUCCUGUACAAACAUUUUAAAGUUCAGUAAUGACUAGAAAAGAAUGUCUCCACUGGAACACAAACAGUAGCUAUCUUAGAAUGUCCCUAUUGGUCUCUCUUCCCCAAUAGCCUUGAAAUUACUUCAGUGAUGCAUUUUUUUAACGGACUUUUGCAUUUUAAUUACGCAAUUGGACAGGUAAUUUUUUAUGUUGUUGUGAUGCUCUUCCUACCCAGCAUCAUCGUUGCUCACUGUGAUACUGUGUUUGUGUGUGUCUGUGCAGUGAUCUAUUAUGCUUAAAAUUUAUAUGGCACGUUACAUCUCCAGAGCAUUGUAAAAUCUUUUAAAGAACCCUUACUGCACUGCCUGUGGCAGGUAAGUGAGUGUUACUGUCUCAGUUUUAGAACUGGUUUAAGUGCAACACGAGGGAGUGUGAAAUGACUGGCUUAACACCGUGUGAACCUGUGGUCACCUGGGAAUGGAUCUCAGGAGUUCCUGGCUUCUAGUCCUGUGCUUAGACUGAGCUGCCUUAAGAUUGUUCAGUGCUGUGUUACAUUAAAUUUUGAACUACUGUGCAGAUCCGUUUUCUGUAAGAUAAAACUUUGUGCUUUGCUUUGUUGUUCCAUGUUCACUGCUUUUAUGGAAUUGUUUAUAUAAAGUUAAGCAAAAGGUCUGGUUUAUCUAUACUGUACACGGAAGAAUUACCCUUAAAACUGUACUCUGGCCUACUUUUUCUAUUUUACAAUUAAAUAUCUUUUCCACAUA